AUGACUACUUCACUAGGGAAUUUCUCUAUCGAUCGGUUGAUCGAUCAUUCACAAUUAACUAUCAGUAGUCACUCAAGACCACCAAGAAAUUCCACUGGUCAGAAUGAAAUAAAUUUAAAUUCAAUCUGUUCAAAAGAUGAUAAUUUAACAUUGAAAACAACAUCACUUUUGAUGCGCUCAGAACAAUGUACUGAUCAAAAUUCUUUUUUGUCUGAUCAAGUGCAGAAUUCAACAAUAAAGGUCGAUGGAAUGAUCGAUAUCAUUAAUGAAGGAGACAACAAUAGUGAAAUUAAUUUCAUAGAAAGGCGACAAAAUUGCCAGUCAGAUAGAAAACAACAAUUCCAUGAACUACAAUACUCAGAUAUCAAUAUUGUUCCUAAUGAUAACAUGAAAGUAAUGGAUAAACAUUCUACUAAAAGUAUUGAUAGUAGUAUUACUAAAAACACAGAAAGUAGCAAUGAUGAUGACAGUAUGACAGUGGAAGUAACAGCAGAAGAUACAAGCGAAGUGGGUGACGUCAAGAUAAAUUCAGAGAACAGUAUGUCAGACAAUGCAAAUACAAAUAAAACGUAUACUUGCCCAGAAUGCGGUAAAGUAUUCACUGCUCAUUACAAUCUAACAAGACAUAUGCCAAUCCAUACUGGUGCAAGACCUUUCAUUUGUAAGGUGUGCAAUAAAGGCUUUCGUCAAGCUAGUACUUUAUGUCGUCAUAAAAUUAUUCAUACCUCAGAGAAACCACAUAUAUGCUGGGUAUGUGGUAAAGCCUUCAACAGAAGUUCAACUUUGAAUACACACUCUCGAAUACAUCAAGGUUAUAAGCCAUUCACAUGUGAAAUAUGCGGUAAAGGAUUUCAUCAAAAAGGAAAUUACAAAAAUCAUAAAUUGACUCAUAGCGCAGAGAAACAAUAUAAAUGUCAUAUAUGCCAUAAAGCAUUUCAUCAAAUUUACAAUUUAAGCUUUCAUAUGCAUACACAUCAAGCACAAAAACCUUACAUCUGCACUAUUUGUGAUAAAGGCUUUUGUCGAAAUUUCGACUUAAAAAAACAUAUACGGAAACUACACCCUAAUAUUGAUGGGCAAUCCAAGUCUUCAGAGGAGGACACAGUUAAUGCGUUUAUAGACAAAUAUCCUAACAGCAACAAUAUGAAUAGUAACUUUACUAGUAUACCCAUCAAUAAUUAUUAUCCUCAAUACAAUGAAGGUAAGAAAACUCAAAAGACUCGACAUACUACCUAUGUGAAUGACAGUUACACUUGCGAUACUCCUUCUGUGGAGUGUGGCACUAUGAAAUCUGUGACCAAAUCACUAUCAUCAACAAAAUCAACAGUACCACCAAUAGUUCAGCCAUCUCAACAACAAGAAACUACAGUAAAUACUCGAUCCACAGGAAGACGAAAUGCUAUGAAUCACUUUAAUCAUUAUGAUGGGAAAACUAAUCAUUUGCUGGAUAGUAUGAAAAAGCAUUUAAGUUCAAGUGCACUAAAUUCAAACACCGUAUCCAUAAGAAAUAAGGUAGAUUCGUUAACUGGAAAUGAGUUCAAUAUUCAACUCCUAAAUGAUUUAUUCUAUCAGUCAGUCAAUCAUAAUAGUGAACAACCAUCACCACCAACACCACAAGAACAGCAUCAAUUUACUGAAGCGAGAACUAGUUGUGAAUUUUUAAUGGAAUAUUUACGCAAUUUGUAUCCGGAACCUCAAUUUAAAAAUAUCUUUGAAAAAACAAUACAAAAACAACCAUUUCCGUUAACAAAUAAAAUUCACCCAUGCACAGACUUUCUAACCUCAAUAACCCCAUCUAUGUCGUCGACAUCCUGUUGUCCACCAGUGUUUCCUUCAGAUCUUUCUCCAUCAUCUGGUAAUUCAUUUCCUUUUGCAUCCAAAAUAGGACAAAUGAAAAUGGAAUUAUCUGAUCACUCGUAUAAUCAGUAUUCAAAUAGUUUACAAUCAGAUGAUUAUUCUAAUCAAGUUACAACGAAUUUAUUAUCACCACCGACCUCUUUUGUCAGCAGUAGAAAUUUGAGAAAUUCUCAAAUUAAUCCUGUCCAACAAAGUACAGAUUUGAAAACUCUAAAUCCUUCAUCCAAUAUAUCAGUCAGUUCAGAUUUAAUUUCACCUCAACAUUUAUCAAGUGUUAAUCCAGAAAUAUUUCAAAAAUUCAUGCUUCAAGCUUAUUUAUCAUUGAACAAGCAACAAAUGUAAAAUAUUUUCAUCUCUUCUACCGCUGUUUUGAGUACAAUACUCUCUCGUCUAUCUACUUUCCCAAUUAUUAUUAUUAUUACUUUACACCUAAUUCUUGUGGAUUACGAGAGUAUAAAAAACGUCUGAUGCAAUGCAGCAUGUGAUUGUACUUAUUAUGAUUCUACACCUCUCGUUAUUACUGUUAUUACGACGAAUAAAUUAACUUCAACCCUCUGAUCAAUUUGUGCAUAGUCUGCUUUAUUUAACUCCAUAUUAGUCAACAUAUUAGAUAUACGCUACAAUGAAACAGUAUUAUUUACUGGAGGGUGUUUCGACAACGAUGUAUUAAUUAUAGUGAUAAUCAUUUGAUAUGAUAAUGAAGGAUAAAUUAGUUGAGAAAUGACAUUCAGUGAAUUGUACUGUUUCAUUGUUUAAUCUAUACACUAAAACAAACUGAUAUGGAGCUAUGUAUUACCACAGUGCCCAUAUUUCAAACAUACAUAUAUACUGCUUUUAUUUCAUUUAUUUUCAUGAGAGAAUAC